AUGUGUCCUCAGGAUAAGCCAAAAUCAAGGCACCAAUCCAUUCCUUUGGUGGUGAAUAUCCCCGAAGAAUCGGUGGAAUCCAUCAACAUUCCGUCUGUGCAUUCGCCGUGUCAGAACAUUUCGGAUGGGAUCCAUGGACAAAGAGAACCCUGUGGUAAUCUUUUAUUUAUUUUUAUCGUAUGGGAUGUUAUUCAUACUCGUAAAAAGGGUUCUAAAUGA